AUGGCUGAGAAUACUUCUGCUAUCAUCAACACAGCUUAUGCCACUCAACUUCACCAUGUGAACAUGUCGAAUGUCACCAAGCUCCCUGCCUCCAACUUCUUGAUGUGGGGUCGUCAGAUCCGUGCCUUGCUCGCCGGUUAUGGACUUGCCGGCUAUCUUGGUGGCACCAUGGUCGGUCCUGCUUCCACUGUUCUCCGUGCUGGCACCUCCACUCCGAAUCCUGAGUACGACCUUUGGCAACGUCAGGAUCAACUUAUCGUUGCUAGUCUCCUUGGUGUGACCUCUGUUCUUGUUUCUCGUUUCGAUCAGCUUGCUACGUUGGGCAAACCGUACGAGCAUGAGGAACAGAUUGAAUAUUUGCUUGGUGGUCUUCCGGAGGAUUAUAUGCCUAUUGUUGACCAGAUUGAGGGACGUGAUACUCCACCCACCAUGCCGACCAUUCAUGAAAAGCUUAUGAAUUACGAUCUCAAGCUUCACUCUCAAGUCUCGGCUACCUCUGUUGUUCUUGUCACUGCCAAUGCUGCUUUCAACAAGUCUUAUGGCCAAUCCAACAACCCACUUUCCGGCUUCCACUCAUGGUUUCCAACCGUCGGGUGGCACUACACUCCUUCUCUGGGCUCGCAAGGAAGUCCUCAUGCCAAUGCAGCUGCUAUCCCGCCGUACAAUCGGGCAAAUUGGGUGAUGGACAGCGGUGCUACACAUCACCUCACAUCUGAUUUGUCCAACCUCUCGCUCCAUCAGUUGUACUCCGGUGGUGAAGAGGUCCAAAUCGCUGAUGGCACUGGUCUAAAGAUCACUCAUACGGGUUCCGCUUUACUCCCUACACCCUCUAGUUCUCUUGCUUUAAAAGAUGUUCUCUAUGUUCCUGAUCUAUGCACGAAUCUUAUUUCGGUGUAUUGUUUGUGUAACGCUCAUAAGGUUUUUGUGGAAUUCUAUCCUGCAUAUUUUCAGGUGAGGGAUCUGAGCACGGGGGUUACUCCAAGCCCGAACUAG